AUGUUUUGAUGCAAUAGUUCUUCCAGUAAUUUUAGUCCAUCUGUUGCUCAGAAACCAAUCAUAGGAUUGCUCUGGACUCAAGGUGACUUUUGGCCAGGAAGGUGAAAAAUACAUGAUACUAAAUUUUUAGACAAAUCGAACACGGCCCGUUUCCCAUAUGAUCUGUGCGGGGUCCUUUGUGGAAACCAUCCAGGCUUGCAAGAAUUUGUCAUUUAAUGAAUUAGAAAAAGCAGAUUGAUUUAUAAAAAAACAUUGUUAGUGUAGUGUAGCAGACGUUGACCAUUAAAAAAAAUGGAGUAACAAUAUUUGUCGUCCCUGGGGUGGAUGAAUAAUAUAAAAGAUGGAGACUUGCAAUUACUUUCUCUCAGAUGGUUAAGUUCAUCUACAGGUCUCGAAUUCGCAUUUCAUCCUGUGCUUAGAUAAGAUACUUAUUAUAGACUGAAAGCAAACUUUGUAAUUUUCCACAUUACCCGGUUGUAACAGAAAACAGCAUACGUUUUAAAAUUAGAUUCCGAUCUCACAAACCAAUAUCUACGGAAAUAGAACGCAAGCAUGUUUCUAGUAGAUUAUGAAUCUAGAAAAUUAUAGCGGCUUGCAAAUUUAUUUUUGUACGGGUGCUUAACAAAGCAUCAUUAAUUUCGUAUUCCUGCAGCGUCCACAACACAUGGCAGAAAUCUGAUACUAAGGCCCGAUUUUUCAUUUGCAGGUUAAUCGUGAAGUAAACUCUUAAAAUAUGUUUUUUGAUGUAAUGUUUAUCCUAAAACGGUAGUUAACUUUAACCAGAAGAACAAAUUCUACUUAACUAAAAAGUUACAUCACAAUUCCUAGGUUCUUUUGCGUGAGAGUGACAUGAGUUGACCCGGAUGACACACACUUUGGGCGUCGAAACAUUCACAAAACGCGAUAUUUCAGACGUAGAAGCAGCGUUGCCAGUUCAACCGCAACUUGUUAGUAAAUCAGAGAUUGCAAAACGAAUUUAUAUAAUACUAGUUGACUUACAAAUUAUAGUUACCAAACGAGUGAUUGAAAAACCGGGCGUAAGGGUUGCUUUCCAAUUUCAUAAUUAUCUGCAUUUUCCUUGGCCUUUUAGACUGACGACAAAAAUAAUUAAAACUAUAACGACAAACUGAGUCUUAGAUUCUGUAUGCAUUAAAUAAUAUCUUUGGAUUUUCCAACACAAAGCAGAUAAAUGUGAUUGUUUAACAAGUAGCAGAAAAUACUUGGAACUGUCUACGUGUAUAACAUUGUCAUUGUUUAGUAUACUGGUUUUUAUAUGUGAACGUCCCUUGUGAUAUUUAUACUGUGAUACUACAGGUAUUAAUUUAUACUCAAGCUGAUCUGAGCUCGAGAGACAUCGAAAGGGCGAACUUCGUGUUCUCCAUCUAUGACUUCGAAGGAAAUGGCACAGUCGACGCUGUCAACCUAGGAGACAUGCUCAGAGCCUUGAACCUGAACCCCACCCUAGCCACAGUUGAAAAGGUUGGAGGAACAAAGAAGAAGAAUGAAAAGAAACUGAAAAUAGACGAAUUCCUUCCAAUCUUCAGCCAAGUGAAAAAAGACAAAGAACAAGGUAACUUCGACGAUUUCCUGGAAUGUCUCAAGCUAUACGACAAAGAAGAAAACGGCACAAUGAUGGCUGCUGAACUCGCCCACACACUCCUUUCUCUUGGCGAAAGAUUAUCAGACGCUGAAACAGAAGAAGUACUUGCUGAUUGUAUGGGCCAAGAAGACGACGAAGGAUUCAUCCCUUACGAACGAUUGUCAACCAGAAGUCUACAAAGAGAGGAAGUGAAGAUAUGUCGCAAAUUUGGAAUUCCACCUCCAAAACAUUCAAAGUCACUCACAUCUGAAAUACAAUGUAUUUAUUUUGAAAUAGGUAUUAUAUGUUAUUUUGAAAAUAUAUGUUAUCCUUUAUUAUAAGCGUAGCUCAGUGUA